UUGCAAGAAUUUUACAAGAAAGAGCGGAAUCUACAAGAUUGAUCCGGACAAUCGAGGCAGUUUUAAUGUAUGGUGUGAUAUGAAGACAUCUGGAGGUGGUUGGACCGUGUUUCAACGUCAUCUUGAUGGUAGUGUUAAUUUCUACAGAGGAUGGCAAGAUUACAAAAAUGGCUUUGGAAAUCUAGCAUCAGAGUUUUGGCUUGGAUUAGAUAAAAUAAAUGGACUUACAUCUAGAACAAAGAAUAGGCUUCGCAUUGACAUGGAAGACUUUACAGGAAACACAGCAUACGCCGAAUAUGAUUUCUUUUCUGUUCCAAGUGAAAGGCAGAAAUACAAGUUGGCCCUUGGAACAUAUUCAGGAACAGCUGGUGAUUCGUUCACUUUCCAUAAAGGAAUGGCAUUUUCGACAAAAGAUUCUGACAACAAUAAAACCUCUAUGAAUUGUGCAAACGAGUAUAAUGGCGCAUGGUGGUAUAAAAAUUGUCAUGCUUCUAAUUUAAAUGGGAUUUAUCGUCAUGGUCAAGACUUCUCAUAUCUUGUUGGUAUCAAUUGGCAUGCGUGGAAAGGCUAUUUUUACUUCCUAAAAUCCACUUCCAUGAAAAAAGGACCUCGUAGUUUUUUUAUUAAGAAGUGAGAACUUUCAUUUAUUUUUUUCUUUUUUUCUGCUUUUAAAAAUUUAAUGCAUCUAUACAAAAUAGAACUAGAACUUACGCAUGAAAAAAUGCACAGAACUAAUUGAUGCGCAAAAUAUAUUCCGCUUGGAAGGUUUCAUUUUGAAUAUUAACCUUAUUAUCAAACUUAUAAUUAGUAGAGUGCCAUAUCUUACAAUCUUUGAAUGAAGGUUAUUAUAAAAACUAUUAAUUUAGUUGUUAAAAUUUGUAA